CCAGACCACUGAACCCUGCCAAGCAGAGAUGGACAUAAAACAAGACUUUCAUUUUUAAGACUUAAUUGCACCUAGCAAGGCACAUGAUAAAAAAGUUGGAAACGAGCUCAGAGAUGGUUACAGUAUCUCAAAACAGCAGAUGACUAGUUUACCAUACUGACCAUGCUGGCCUUUCUGCAGGACCAUCCCGGACCAGAGAGGAACAGUGAACUCCUACACCGGAUGCAAUUCCUUUGCAAAAUACAGCUCCUGAAUACGUUCUGCUGGACACAAAAAUGUCCUAUCCUUCACAUUUCCUGAACGGGUCUGGAGCUGGCAAUGAAUCUUUGUCGCCUCUCUCAGUAACGGGAGAACCCAAGCAGGACUACCCAAGUGAGGAACAAGGAAACAAAGUGCGCUGGGCAGCUUUACUGAUCCUCCUGGUGAUAAUCCCUACAAUUGGGGGGAACAUACUCGUCAUACUGGCAGUGUCUCUAGAGAAGAAGUUACAAUAUGCUACCAACUACUUUUUGACGUCCUUGGCAGUGGCAGAUUUGCUUGUGGGUCUAUUUGUGAUGCCGAUUGCCCUUCUCAUGAUCUUAUUUGACAACGCCUGGCCUUUACCAACUGCCUUGUGUCCUAUCUGGCUGUUCCUUGACGUCCUCUUUUCCACAGCUUCCAUCAUGCACCUCUGUGCCAUCUCACUUGACCGCUAUAUUGCAAUUAAAAAGCCAAUCCAGGCUAGUCAGUACAAUUCAUGGGCUACAACAGUCAUCAAAAUCGUCGUGGUUUGGCUCAUUUCAAUAGGAAUUGCUAUUCCAGUCCCUAUCAGAGGCAUUGAAGAUGGAAAUGGCAACUCUACAAACAUCACAUGUGCCCUGAUGCCUGAUCGUUUUCAUGACUUCAUUCUGUACGGAUCAGUGGCUUCAUUCUUCAUUCCCCUCGCUAUCAUGAUAGUCACUUAUUUUCUGACAAUCCAAGUGCUACGCAAGAAGGCCUACUUGAUCAACAAGCCACCUCACCGUUUCACAUGGUCAACAGUGUCCACAGUAUUUCAGCGUGACACAACAUCUGCCUCCUCACCAGAAAAGGUGGCCAUGCUAAACAGCUCCAGAAAAGACAAGACUUUGUCCAAUGACAUGCCAAUCUGCAGAACAUCCACAAUAGGGAGGAAGUCCAUGCAAACAAUAACCAAUGAACAAAGGGCGUCAAAAGUUCUGGGGAUUGUAUUUUUUCUUUUCUUGUUGAUGUGGUGCCCAUUCUUCAUAACAAACAUAAGUUCAGUUCUGUGCAACUCCUGCAACCAAGAGAUUUUUCAAAAGCUUAUGGAGAUAUUUGUUUGGAUAGGAUAUGUAUCCUCAGGAGUGAACCCUCUUGUCUAUACACUAUUCAACAAAACAUUUAGGGAGGCUUUCAGCAGGUAUAUCACUUGCAACUAUCGGACCACAAAGCCUAUCAAGGCCCUUAGAAAACGUUCCAGCAGCAUCUCUUUCAGAAGCUCUGUGACAGAAAAUUCCAAGUUCUUUGUCAUGCAUGGGAUGAGAAAUGGGAUUAACCCCAUUAUAUAUCAGAGCCCGAUGAGGCUGAGGAGCUCACCCAUCCAAGCAUCAUCAGCCAUUCUGCUGGAUACAUUGCUGCUCACAGAGAAUGAAGUUGAUAAAACAGAAGAACAAGUCAGCUACGUAUAGUGGAAUGCAGCUGUCUGUAUCACAGUGUUACUGUAUGUAUUGUUCUAGGUAACAACACAUAUGUACUGUAAGAUGGUAUAAAUACUAUUGUUUUCUGUUAUUUAUGCAAGCAACACCUUACAAAUUUAUAUUAAUUCCUCUCCUCCAAACUCUCCCCUAUUUUAACCCCAACCCCAGGGUGGCACUCACGACUUCAUUCCAUGAUAAAUGACUGAUGCAGAACUGUAGCCAACAGGAAAAGGGAAAUAAAUAAAAGCUAAACCAA